CCGAGCUCUAUUCAACGCAGUGCUGCGCAGACCUCUGUGACUCGACCUCAGAGCAAAUAAUAAUGAUAUAGUUUGUCAAGAGAUCGCUCAGUCUGGAUCAAUUGAACAUUCGCUGAUCGUGCUAGAGCAGCAGUUAAACGUCAACGGCGUUGGAAUUGGGAGAUCGAAUAAUUGCACAAUUCACACAGUGAAGUCGGAACAAUAUACAAACUCUUAAAACGCUGAGAUGAAGACACCGUGGAUUGUUUUCAUGGUCUGCCUCGUUCUAAUCUGCACCGUCCGAGAUACUCGGGGUCAGAUGUUUGGCGGAAACUGGAUGAAAAAUCUCUUCACUGGCCUGAAUCGAAUGGCCAAGGAUUUAGAGCUGCCGAGGGUGCAGCAGGACCUCGCGAAAACGGAAAGGCAUCACAUCGGAACUAUCGGUAGAAAGGGCACCGAGGGUUCAGCCGACGCAGAGAUCAUCAGGGACAUCCUUCACGGCUCGGAAAAGGUUCGCCAACCUUCUGGACGUACGGUGAACGAGUUUCGGUACAUCCGCAACCCGGCAGACUCUAUUUUCAAACCGAUCUCGCGGUUGAAACGGAAUUGAAAAACGAGGCACCGUUUGCACGGCCAUAUAGUCACGCGGUAAAUCGCUUAUUUGAAAAGUGAGAAAACUUACUAUCGACCGUGAGAAUCAGGUACGAUCUGGAAAAAGGCUGCCUAUCUGCAAUAUUCGUCUGAAAGAAUUUUAAAUCUUUUUUCAUAGAUGAGUGCAUAACUGGGCGAGAAACGUCUGAGAUUUCAACUUUCUUCACACGAGGGAUGCAAAUUUUAGUUUUUAUCGUACUCUAGAAAUAAUAGGCUAGAAAUUCGUAGUUGUAUAAAAAUUCUGUAAUUCUAAUAAGUGCAAUAAAGUGAC